ACACGACUCCCAGCGUUUAGUCCUGGACCGGCGCCUGGCUGGUCUGCCCCCCUACAGGUGAUGAAUGAAGACCCCAUUCAAGAGCCCACAGCCCCGCGGCCCCGAGCGGACGGGGGACAUUCAGGUGUGUCUGCAAACAUGAUGAAGAAGAAGAACACGCACAAGAAACAGAGGACUAGUGUUGGUCCCAGUAAGACGCUGGCUCAGCCCAGAAGGAACAUUGUGGGCUGCAGGAUCCAGCACAUCUGGAAGGAAGGCAGUAAGUCGUCCCAGUGGAAGGGGACGGUCCUGGACCAGGUCCCCGUUAACCCGUCCCUGUACCUGAUCAAAUACGACGGCUUCGACUGCAUCUACGGCCUGGAGCUGUACAGUGACGAGCGGGUGGUGGGGCUGGAGGUCCUGCCCGACAGAGUGGCUCCGGCCCGUGUAAGCGACUCGAUGCUGGCGGAGACGAUGAUCGGGAAGGCGGUGGAGCACAUGUUUGAGACGGAGGACGGGCCGAAGGAGGAGUGGAGGGGGAUGGUACUGGCUCGGGCUCCCAUCAUGACGUCCUGGUUCUACAUCACCUACGAGAAAGACCCGGUUCUGUACAUGUACCAGCUGCUGGACGACUACAAGGAGGGAGACCUGCGCAUCAUGCCCGACUCCAACGACAGCGUGGCGACGGAGCGGGAGCCCGGCGAGGUGGUCGACAGUCUGGUGGGCAAACAGGUGGAGUACGCCAAAGAGGAUGGCGGGAAGCGGUCGGGCAUGGUCAUCCACCAGGUGGAGGCGAAACCCUCCGUCUACUUCAUCAAGUUCGAUGACGACUUCCACAUCUACGUCUAUGACCUGGUCAAGACCUCCUAAGACCAGAAACCGCCCCAUGAGGAAAAAAAAAAAGACUUACCGAGACCUGCCUAGACCCACCGGACCCCCUGACAGCUAGGGUUAAAAACAUCCUGAGACUCACCACGAUCUACGGAGACGCCUUAACAACAAGAUCAGACCCCGACCAGAGACGGAACAACUACAAACCAGCUUCAAGUCUUCACCGACUCGUUUAUCGUCCAGACUCUUUCUGCUGACUCCCAUAAAACUGGUUUGAGAGCCCCGAAGACGACCAGCGAUCCACUCGGAAACCUGAACGUCGGUUCCGUUUGGAACUUGAAGACAUCGUUCGUUAGAAAGACCUCCUCACCCCUUUUCCUGAAACCCUGUCAGACCGUUUGAGACCUCAUCGUCAGAGGAGGGGUGGUGGACAGGUCUGAGUCUGAGCCGGGGGUUAAUGAAGGGAUGGGACUCCCCUGAAGGUGAACCAUCGUCUGUCUUCACCUGGACACACCUGAGGAACUCGUGUCCGCUCGCUGAAGGACACGGUAGAAGAUCCAGAUCAUUCAUCUUUGUCCUGUUGCUGUUACAUUACCCACAAUGACUUUAUCAGACAUGCGGGAGGUUCGCGUGUCGCGGGAGGUUCGCGUGUCGCGGGAGGUUCGCGUGUCGCGUGUGCUCGUUUGGCCUGAUUAGCAUUGUUAGCCGUCCUUGUGAAGCUGCUAACGAUGCUAACGAGAGCGAGAUGUUUUUCUUUGUAAAUAAUCCAGCGUGAAUCUGAAACGUUUCUGUUUUUAGCCUUUUUGGUUUUUUUAUGUUUCUGAAGCAGCUUCAGCUCCGAGACGUCGACAUGAAGGUUUGACUUUUAUUGAGCAUUGUGCCAAAAACACAAAGUAUUGAUGACUGGGACGAUAAUGAUGCUCCCAGUAAUGAAACACCAGAGUACUCUGGGAAGUCCCUGCUCAGGGUGGUUAGUAACUCGUUAUAAUGCAAACAUUGUAAACGCGCGUUAACGUGUUAUUAACUAACACGUACAGCUGCAUUACCGCGUUAUAAACCAUGCGUGGCGUGUUCGGCGAGUCUCCGUCUCGUCAUCUGAGAAAGAUUUCCCAGAAUAUCUGAAUGUUUCUUCAAAACUUCAGCACAACGAAUCAGCGAACAGACAGACGCCGCGUGAAGGUCAGACUGCCCACCUGUCCUCGAGUCGUUUUCUGAUUGGCCGCUGGGCUGGUCUGUUACAAGCUGGUUUAUAGUUUCUAUGAUUUUAUAUGAAAAGCGUUGAUGGACACGCUGCGAGCUGACACGUGCUUUUCUCUGUGCGACCUGUUCUUUGGUUUCUGUUUGUGAAUCGCGCUGCAGCUCCGGAGAUCUGGUUUAAGGUUUUUAUUUCUCUACCUGCUGACCGACAAAUCAAAGACAACUUCAACUCCCACAAUCCUCUGCUGGCGACAUCACAGCUGUUUUAAGCGUAGAACGUUCCCCGUGAGAGACCGCGGCGUCGUUUUCUUUGUUCUGAUUCUGCAAUCUGGAGUUCACAGCAGCUUCACAGCGUCGCUGUCUGUGGAACGUGUUCCCUCAAAAUGUGCUUUGAAACGUCCACGCUCUGGUUCUAGAACGUGGAACCAACACAUAUUGGUUCUAGAACGUGGAACCAGAACGCUCUGAUGACAGAGGAGAAACAUGUUUUACUUUAUUUUGAUCGUUAAAUUAAUUUCGACGACAACAAACGUGUUUUCUAGAGAUCACAGCGCGUUCCGUAGAUCUCGGCGUCACAAGCUGACGAAUCAUUCGGCGAUCACGUGAAAACAAACGGCGCUCGUCUUUCAGAAGUUUUUUAAGUGUAAAAUAUUCAAACAGUCUGACCCUGUUCGCUCUGAUUGGUUCUCCUCCGUCGCGUGGCGGCGUCUCGGUAACCUGGAUGCUCUUACCCACAAUGCAGCUGGCUCCAGGCUGAUGAACCACGGGAUGUUUAGACCGUAGUGAAACCCCUGGGUGGUGGCGGGGGGCAUUAAAACCAGUGUCUGGGCAGAUCUUUAGCCUCCAUGAUGUGGACAUGAGUCGUCUGUUCACGAGCCGGCGUUCGUAUUUUACAGAAAACAUUGAUCUGUGUGUGUGUGUGUGUGAGAGAGUGUGUGUGUGUGUGAGAGAGAGAGAGAGUGUGUGUGUGUGCCCCUGUUCAGAGCAGUGUUGUUUUUGCAUGCCUAUAUAGCUCAGUGUAAAUCGAUGUGAGUUGCAUGUCCGUGUAGUUUUCAGUUGUUGGGCUGACGUCUGUCUGUCGUGGCUUCAGGUGCCUUUUUGGUUUUCUUUGUUUGUUUUCUUCUUUUCUUUUUGUACCGUGUCCCAGGAAGCUUUUUUCGUUUUUUGGGGGUUUAUUGAGCAAAAAAAAGAAAAAAAGAUCAAAAAUAAAAAGAAUAUUCUCCGACAAACAGAGCUGGCAGCAGUUAUUAUCAUGUACGGAUGACGGAUGUGAAUUCUGUUUUUGGUGGAUUGUCCCUUUAAAGAGUGCCAACUACAGAUGCCAGUGUUGUACAGCCGUGAACAGCUCCCGAUAUUUACUAAAAUAAACCAUCUCUCUGUUUUUUCACUCAC